AUGCUCAUCCCCAUGCUCAUUCCCAUGCUCAUCCCCAUGCUCAUUCCCAUGCUCAUCCCCAUGCUCAUCCCCAUGCUCAUCCCCAUGCUCAUCCCAUGCUCAUCCCCAUGCUCAUCCCCCAUGCUCAUCCCCAUGCUCAUCCCCAUGCUCAUUCCCAUGCUCAUCCCCAUGCUCAUUCCCAUGCUCAUCCCCAUGCUCAUUCCCAUGCUCAUCCCAUGGCUCAUCCCAUGCUCAUCCCCAUGCUCAUUCCAUGCUCAUCCCCAUGCUCAUUCCCAUGCUCAUCCCCAUGCUCAUUCCCAUGCUCAUCCCCCAUGCUCAUCCCCAUGCUCAUCCCCAUGCUCAUUCCCAUGCUCAUCCCCAUGCUCAUCCCCAUGCUCAUCCCCAUGCUCAUCCCCAUGCUCAUCCCCAUGCUCAUCCCCAUGCUCAUCCCCAUGCUCAUCCCCAUGCUCAUCCCCAUGCUCAUCCCCAUGCUCAUCCCCAUGCUCAUCCCCAUGCUCAUCCCCAUGCUCAUCCCCAUGCUCAUCCCCAUGCUCAUCCCCAUGCUCAUCCCCAUGCUCAUCCCCAUGCUCAUCCCCAUGCUCAUCCCCAUGCUCAUCCCCAUGCUCAUCCCCAUGCUCAUCCCCAUGCUCAUCCCCAUGCUCAUCCCCAUGCUCAUCCCCAUGCUCAUCCCCAUGCUCAUCCCCAUGCUCAUCCCCAUGCUCAUCCCCAUGCUCAUCCCCAUGCUCAUCCCCAUGCUCAUCCCCAUGCUCAUCCCCAUGCUCAUCCCCAUGCUCAUCCCCAUGCUCAUCCCCAUGCUCAUCCCCAUGCUCAUUCCCAUGCUCAUCCCCAUGCUCAUUCCCAUGCUCAUCCCCAUGCUCAUUCCCAUGCUCAUCCCCAUGCUCAUCCCCAUGCUCAUCCCCAUGCUCAUCCCCAUGCUCAUCCCCAUGCUCAUUCCCAUGCUCAUCCCCAUGCUCAUUCCCCAUGCUCAUCCCCAUGCUCAUCCCCAUGCUCAUCCCCAUGCUCAUCCCCAUGCUCAUCCCCAUGCUCAUCCCCAUGCUCAUCCCCAUGCUCAUCCCCAUGCUCAUCCCCAUGCUCAUCCCCAUGCUCAUCCCCAUGCUCAUCCCCAUGCUCAUCCCCAUGCUCAUCCCCAUGCUCAUCCCCAUGCUCAUCCCCAUGCUCAUCCCCAUGCUCAUUCCCCAUGCUCAUCCCCAUGCUCAUCCCCAUGCUCAUCCCCAUGCUCAUCCCCAUGCUCAUCCCCAUGCUCAUCCCCAUGCUCAUCCCCAUGCUCAUCCCCAUGCUCAUCCCCAUGCUCAUCCCCCAUGCUCAUCCCCAUGCUCAUCCCCAUGCUCAUCCCCAUGCUCAUCCCCAUGCUCAUCCCCAUGCUCAUCCCCAUGCUCAUCCCCAUGCUCAUCCCCAUGCUCAUCCCCAUGCUCAUCCCCAUGCUCAUCCCCAUGCUCAUCCCCAUGCUCAUCCCCAUGCUCAUCCCAUGCUCAUCCCCAUGCUCAUCCCCAUGCUCAUCCCCAUGCUCAUCCCCAUGCUCAUCCCCAUGCUCAUCCCCAUGCUCAUCCCCAUGCUCAUCCCCAUGCUCAUCCCCAUGCUCAUCCCCAUGCUCAUCCCCAUGCUCAUCCCCAUGCUCAUCCCCAUGCUCAUCCCCAUGCUCAUCCCAUGCUCAUCCCAUGCUCAUCCCCAUGCUCAUCCCAUGCUCAUCCCCAUGCUCAUCCCCAUGCUCAUCCCCAUGCUCAUCCCAGCUCAUCCAUGCUCAUCCCCAUGCUCAUUCCCAUGCUCAUCCCCAUGCUCAUUCCCCAUGCUCAUCCCCAUGCUCAUCCCCAUGCUCAUCCCCAUGCUCAUCCCAUGCUCAUCCCCAUGCUCAUCCCCAUGCUCAUCCCCAUGCUCAUCCCAUGCUCAUCCCCAUGCUCAUCCCCAUGCUCAUCCCCAUGCUCAUCCCCAUGCUCAUCCCCAUGCUCAUCCCCAUGCUCAUCCCCAUGCUCAUCCCCAUGCUCAUCCCCAUGCUCAUCCCCAUGCUCAUCCCCAUGCUCAUCCCCAUGCUCAUCCCCAUGCUCAUCCCCAUGCUCAUCCCCAUGCUCAUCCCCAUGCUCAUCCCAUGCUCAUCCCAUGCUCAUCCCCAUGCUCAUCCCCAUGCUCAUCCCCAUGCUCAUCCCCAUGCUCAUCCCCAUGCUCAUCCCCAUGCUCAUCCCCAUGCUCAUCCCCAUGCUCAUCCCCAUGCUCAUUCCCCAUGCUCAUCCCCAUGCUCAUCCCCAUGCUCAUCCCCAUGCUCAUCCCCAUGCUCAUCCCCAUGCUCAUCCCCAUGCUCAUCCCCAUGCUCAUCCCCAUGCUCAUCCCCAUGCUCAUCCCCAUGCUCAUCCCCAUGCUCAUCCCCAUGCUCAUCCCCAUGCUCAUCCCAUGCUCAUCCCCAUGCUCAUCCCCAUGCUCAUCCCCAUGCUCAUCCCCAUGCUCAUCCCCAUGCUCAUCCCCAUGCUCAUCCCCAUGCUCAUCCCCAUGCUCAUCCCCAUGCUCAUCCCCAUGCUCAUCCCCAUGCUCAUCCCCAUGCUCAUCCCCAUGCUCAUCCCAUGCUCAUCCCCAUGCUCAUCCCCAUGCUCAUCCCCAUGCUCAUCCCCAUGCUCAUCCCCAUGCUCAUCCCCAUGCUCAUCCCCAUGCUCAUCCCCAUGCUCAUCCAUGCUCAUCCCCAUGCUCAUCCCAUGCUCAUCCCCAUGCUCAUCCCAUGCUCAUCCCCAUGCUCAUCCCCAUGCUCAUCCCAUUUUCCCAUGCUCAUCCCCAUGCUCAUUCCCAUGCUCAUCCCCAUGCUCAUUCCCAUGCUCAUCCCCAUGCUCAUCCCAUGCUCAUCCCCAUGCUCAUCCCAUGCUCAUCCCCAUGCUCAUCCCAUGCUCAUCCCCAUGCUCAUUCCCCAUGCUCAUCCCCAUGCUCAUCCCCAUGCUCAUCCCCAUGCUCAUCCCCAUGCUCAUCCCCAUGCUCAUCCCCAUGCUCAUCCCCAUGCUCAUCCCCAUGCUCAUCCCCAUGCUCAUCCCCAUGCUCAUCCCCAUGCUCAUCCCCAUGCUCAUCCCCAUGCUCAUCCCCAUGCUCAUCCCCAUGCUCAUCCCCAUGCUCAUCCCCAUGCUCAUCCCCAUGCUCAUCCCAUGCUCAUCCCCAUGCUCAUCCCCAUGCUCAUCCCCAUGCUCAUCCCCAUGCUCAUCCCCAUGCUCAUCCCCAUGCUCAUCCCCAUGCUGCAGCAGCAGCAGCGGCAGCAGCAGCAGCAGCAGCAGCGGCAUCGGCGAAACCUGCGCCACCCUCGCUGACGCUCCGCUGCCACCGCAACUUCCGCGCGCUUGCGGAAGAGGCGGGGUUUCCGGCGGCGAGCGCACUGCGCAUGGGGCGCCCUUGGGCGCGGCACAACCCAGCGGCGGAGGUGUCGGCGGAAGCGCAGGAGUGACUACGGGGAAAGAUGCUGGCGGAAGUAGAACUGGCGUCGGCGCGAGGUUCGACGAAGAAGAGUGCGGUGGAGGGGAUUGCGGCGGGAUGGAGCGCGGUGUGGCAACAGACGGGAGGAUCGCUGGGCGGGAGCGAGGACACCAUUCGUUGGGCUAG